CCUUUAAUUUCUGUCAGGCCAGAAAUAUACAACAGAGAAGUCACGGAUCAAAACAUGAGGGGUUAUCUGUGACUUUGUUCAUCGUAGACAAGUGUAUAAAAAGUUAUGUUGCAAGUCUUUGAUAGAGGCGGAUCUUAGCAAUAAAACAUGGCCAGUUCCAUGGUGGCAGUGGGGCUCACCCUAGCAGCAGCUGGAUUUGUAGGUCGCUAUGCCAUGCAGGCCAUAAAACACAUGGAACCCCAAAUGAAGCAAGCUAUGCAGAGUUUUCCAAAAUCGGCUUUUGGUGGUGGAUACUACAGAGGUGGAUUUGAUCCCAAAAUGAACAAGAGAGAGGCGUCGCUCGUUCUAGGAGUCAGGUACUGUAAAUUUCACUGUGAUAAGAAAAUGCUUGACUUUAUUGCACUAAUGCAUCAUAUUGUUGUCCCCAGUCCCACAGCUAACAAGACCAAGAUCAGAGAAGCCCACAGAAAACUGAUGAUUCUUAAUCACCCCGAUAGAGGUGGAUCACCAUAUCUUGCGGCUAAAAUAAACGAAGCAAAGGAUUUACUUGAUGGACAACUAAAGAAAUAGAUCAGAUAAUCACAUUGCACUUGGUUUUUCUUAUUAAUUGUGCCCAAAUAAAUAAUGUAAGAGAUCAAA